CUCCAAGUAGUUGUUUGGUAGCUGAGCAUUGAACACGCAGGGCGUAUCAGCUUCUCUAACAAAACGGCACCCAUCUCUCUCUCAAUUAUCCAAAAUGGUUUCAUUAUUUCUGAAUUGAAUUCCUCCAUGCCUGCAAUGGUCAUACUCUUCGUAGCCCUCGCCGUUCUGUUCCUCUUCUUCUCCUUCUCCAAGAAGCUAUGGAGGGGCGUGGAAGACUGGUUCCACGUGUACCAGUUCUUGAAGGUCCCACAGCACAACCACACAACCUUGCAGGAGAAUCAUCUCUACAGGAAGGUCUCCCUCUACUUGCAUUCUCUCGCUUCCAUCGAAGACUCUGAUUUCACAACACUCCUUACUGGCAAGAAGCAUAAUGACAUCCUUCUCUGCCUCGGCCCCAACCAAACCAUUCAGGACCGUUUUCUCGGAGCCACCGUCUUCUGGCACAACCAAACCGACGCCGACGACGGUGCUGAUCAGAAUCCCCAAUUCAAUCGCGCCAGAGCCUUCGUUCUCAAGAUAAGAAAAGUGGACAAACGCCGAAUCCUCCGCCCCUACCUUCAACACAUUCACGCCGUCGCCGACGAUAUUGAGCAGCAAGGGAACCGCGAUCUGCGGCUAUUCAUGAACACCGCUGCCGCUGCACAGGGAGGAGGAAGGUGGAGAUCAGUUCCCUUUACCCACCCCUGCACCUUUGAAACCCUUGCCAUGGAGUCCGAUCUCAAGAACCGGGUGAAAUCCGACCUCGAAUCGUUCCUCAGGGCGAAGCAGUACUACAACCGGCUUGGCCGAGUGUGGAAACGGAGCUUCCUCUUAUACGGUCCUUCCGGAACCGGAAAAUCGAGCUUCGUCGCUGCCAUGGCCAAUUUCCUUCGCUACGACGUGUAUGACAUCGACCUCUCCAAGGUUCCCAGCGAUUCGGAUCUGAAACUGCUCCUACUACAGACGACGCCGAAAUCAGUGGUGGUGGUGGAGGACCUCGACCGGUUCCUGGCGGAGAAAUCCACGGCGGUGAGCCCUUCAGGGAUGCUGAACUUUAUGGACGGAGUAGUGAGCUCGUGCUGCGGCGAGGAGAAGGUGAUGGUGUUCACGAUGAACAGCAAGGAACACGUGGACCCGAACCUUCUUCGGCCGGGUCGGAUCGACGUUCACAUCCACUUUCCCUUGUGCGAUUUCACGGCGUUCAAGACGAUGGCGAAUAACUACCUUGGAGUGAAGGAGCACAAGCUGUUCCCUCAGGUUCAAGAGAUUUUCCAGAACGGUGCGAGUCUCAGCCCCGCCGAGAUCGGCGAGUUGAUGAUCGCUAACCGAAACUCACCGAGUCGGGCCAUCAAAUCGGUGAUCACCGCCUUACAAACGGACGGCGAUGGGAGAGGGUCCGGGAGUCCGAUCGUACGGCAUACAGGGGAGGAUGACGUGGACGAACCUGACGCUGUUAUGUGUGGUGAGGGUCUCCACACGGUUAAGGAUUUGCGUAAAUUGUACGGCUUUUUCAGGUUGAAGAAUACCAGAAGAUCCCCCUCCUCCAACACCAGCUCAAUGCCCAGCCCCUUGAGAUGACACGUGUCACCACUGGUUUGCUUAGGCGAAGGAUGCUCUUCUUUUCUUCUUAGAUAAGCCAGCUUAGCUUAUACAUUUAUGAUUUAUUGAUUGGAUACAUGAUGGUGGAUAGAUAUGCUCUCUUCAGUGGGAUUGUCUCUCAUGGGAAUGUAAAUAACUAGAAAUAGAUGGUUAAUUGCAUAUAUUAGGCAAAAGCAAACUAUACAUACACUGUAUAGUUUUUUUCCCUCAUUUUGGUGAUUUGCGAAUCUGCUCUUAUUUAUAGUUGAAAUGUUUUCUUUCUUUGCGUUA